UUCCUUGCCCGGUGAUAUGGAAUCUAGAAGUCUAUGAAUAUUUAUCAUAAUAUAAUUAAAUAUAACCCUAAUAAAUAAUAAAAUAUAGAUCUAGAUCUAGAUCUACUUGAAUAUAGAUCUCUACAUAUUUUAUAUAGAUCUAGCUAGUCCUAUCUUCAUCAGGGCUAGAUUAGAUUUGCACAACUCUGCAUUGCAAAUCAUGCAGUUAGGACACUGCCUCUCAUCAAGUACCAUCCAUUAUACAUGUAAAUUCAUAUUUGACAUAUUUGCCGACCACUUUCUGUGUUUGCUCGACAUGGAUUAAUUUUAAAGAUCUGGGACACUUAGAAUGCCAUUGGAAAAAUACAAUACUUUCUAUAUCUUAAAGUGGCAAGUGCAACUUGAUUUACAAAAAUGGCUCAUCUGAAUGAGUCAAAAGACAGCAAAGCAGUUGUAGCAGUCAAAACCUUUAUUUCUGGAGGUUUAGCUGGAAUUUUUGCUAAAACAGCUGUGGCUCCUUUGGACAGAGUAAAGAUUCUACUUCAAGCCCAUAACCAGCACUACAAACAUUUGGGUGUCUUUUCAACACUAAGCCAUGUCAUCUCAAGGGAAGGCUUUAAAGGUCUCUAUCAAGGAAAUGGAGUGCAGAUGUUGAGAAUUUUUCCUUAUGCGGCUAUUCAGUUUUUGAGUUAUGAGCAGUUUAAAAAAAUGGCUAAAUAUGUUCCCAUUGCCAAUCAGUCUCCAAACUUAUGCAAGUUAAUAUGUGGAUCUCUGGCAGGUCUAACAGCUGUAUUGAUCACCUACCCAUUGGACAUGAUCAGGGCAAGGCUAGCAUUUCAAGUGAAAGGAGAGGCCAUUUAUCAGGGUAUUCUUCACACAAUACAGUCCAUUCGUCAUUUUGAAGGAGGUACUAGAGGGCUUUACCAGGGAAUAGUGCCAACUAUUCUUGGUAUGGCCCCAUAUGCUGGUCUCUCAUUUAGCAGCUUUGAAAUUCUAAAAAACUUUGCCCUCGACACAUUUCCUGAGUUGUUAAGUAAACCUUGUCCACAAAACACUGGGGGUCUGGUCCUUAUUUUACCUGCUAAACUUGUGUGUGGAGGCUUGGCUGGUGCUAUUGCUCAAACCAUUUCGUACCCCCUUGAUGUUGUCAGAAGGAGAAUGCAGUUGUCUGGGAUGGUGAAAACUUCCCCAGAAGCUUUGGUGCAUUAUCAAAGGAGCUGGCUCCGAGUAAUGGUUGAUGUAUAUCAAGAAAAUGGUGUUGUAAGAGGAUUGUAUCGUGGGAUGAGCAUUAAUUAUAUCAGAAUUAUGCCUACUGUAGCUAUUUCAUUCGCCACAUAUGAAAGCGCAAAACAAGCGUUUGGACUUGACACAGGAGUUGAUAGAUAGCAUAUUUGGUUUGGACAAACCUUAAUCACUGGUCAAUAGGAUCAGACAGAGCCUACACAUCAAUAUGAUAGGCAUAUUUAGUUCACCAGUCAACAGGAGAGAGAUUAAAAGACACUGGUCAACAUGACAUCAGACUAAACCCACUGGUCAAUAUGACAUCAGACUAGCCCACUGGUCAACAUGACAUCAGACUGAACCCACUGGUCAAUAUGACAUCAGACUGAACCCACUGGUCAAUAUGACAUCAGACUAGCCCACUGGUCAACAUGACAUCAGACUAAACCCACUGGUCAAUAUGACAUCAGACUAGCCCACUGGUCAACAUGACAUCAGACUAGCCCACUGGUCAACAUGACAUCAGACAAAGCCCACUGGUCAAAAUGACAUCAGACUAAACCCACUGGUCAACAUGACAUCAGACUGAACCCACUGGUCAACAUGACAUCAGACUAAACCCACUGGUCAAUAUGACAUCAGACAAAGCCCACUGGUCAAAAUGACAUCAGACUAGCCCACUGGUCAACAUGACAUCAGACUAAACCCACUGGUCAACAUGACAUCAGACUGAACCCACUGGUCAAUAUGACAUCAGACAAAGCCCACUGGUCAAAAUGACAUCAGACUAGCCCACUGGUCAACAUGACAUCAGACUAAACCCACUGGUCAAUAUGACAUCAGACAAAGCCCACUGGUCAAAAUGACAUCAGACUAGCCCACUGGUCAAAAUGACAUCAGACUAAACCCACUGGUCAAUAUGACAUCAGACAAAGCCCACUGGUCAAAAUGACAUCAGACUAGCCCACUGGUCAACAUGACAUCAGACUAAACCCACUGGUCAACAUGACAUCAGACUAAACCCACUGGUCAAAAUGACAUCAGACUAGCCCACUGGUCAACAUGACAUCAAACUAAACCCACUGGUCAACAUGACAUCAGACUAAACCCACUGGUCAAUAUGACAUCAGACAAAGCCCACUGGUCAAAAUGACAUCAGACAAAACCCACUGGUCAAAAUGACAUCAGACUAGCCCACUGGUCAAUAUGACAUCAGACAAAGCCCACUGGUCAAAAUGACAUCAGACUAAACCCAUUGGUCAACAUGACAUCAGACUAAACCCACUGGUCAACAUGACAUCAGACUAAACCCACUGGUCAAUAUGACAUCAGACUAGCCCACUGGUCAACAUGACAUCAGACUAAACCCAUUGGUCAACAUGACAUCAGACCCAUGGGAGAAAAUAUUAAUUUCUAGACAUUGUGAUCUCAUUUUUUUGUUUCCUCACAAUGUCAAAUGUAUUAAGUUAAUUAUUCUUGUUUACAAUGUCAAGUGUAUAAAGCUAAUUAUUCUCGUUUACAAUGUCAAAUGUAUUAAGUUAAUUAUUCUCGUUUACAAUGUCAAAUGUAUAAAGCUAAUUAUUCUCGUUUAAAAUGUCAAAUGAAUAAAGCUAAUUAUUCUUGUUUACAAUGUCAAAUGAAUAAAGCUAAUUAUUCUUGUUUGGAAGGGCAAAGGAGAAAGCUUAUUCUAUUAAACAAUGACAAAUGUGGCAAAAAAUUAAACAAGAUGAA